GUGCAGCUGCAAUUCUCCAGCCUUGACGGUCUGCCGGGCACCCCGAUCAGCAUCGACCUUCGGGCAGAGCCAGGCUCUCUGUGCGGCCUCCGUGUUGUGGAUCAGAGUGUUCUGCUCCUGAAACCGGAGAAGGAACUAACGAUAGACAGCAUCUACUCCAGCCUGCCGAUGGCCGACCUGCAUCAGUACCAUUAUCAGGUUAUGGAGACCAACGCUGACUUUUGUCCGCCAGACCCCCAAUACUGGCACCACCGGCAGGGUCAGAAGACGCUAUUUGACGUCCACCAGCUGCUCGAGGGAAUGGGUCUGAAGAUCUUUACGGACCUUGAUUAUCACGUCCCUGUGGACUGCCAUGCGUUCCGCUGGGAAUACCACCACGGCGCGCCUGGGGAAUUUGGAAUGCGGGUGAACACCCGGCUGCGUCUUUUCAGCCAGUCUUUUCCGAGAGUUGGUGCUAUGCCGGCCAAUCACCCCGGCCCCGGGCAAGGAACACCUCUCCCCGCAGAAAAGGUCCGGGAAUACUUCCCGGAGACCUGGAUCUGGGACCUGGUGCCGGUCAGUCCCGCCGGACGGGCCAGCCUCGACGUCACCAUCCCGGAUGCCAUCACCGAGUGGAAGGGGAGUGCGUUCUGCAGCGGGGAUGCAGGCUUCGGCCUGUCGCCAACGACGUCUCUGAUCGCCUUCAAACCCUUCUUUGUGGACCUGGUGCUUCCCUACUCCGUGGUCAGGACCGAGGGCUUCUCCCUCAAAGCCAAGAUCUUCAAUUACAUGAUGGACAGCCUCGUGGUCAAGGUCACCCUGGAGGAGGCCGAGGGCUUCGAUUUGAUCUCCAACCGUGAGCAUCAGCUGUGCGUUCAGUCGAAGGACAGCGUCACCCCACAGCUGGAAUCUCACCACCUCGGGCCUGGGCAAGGUGAACAUCACGGUGCGGGCAGAGUCUGUCACCUCGCCCAUCCUGUGUGGGAACGAAGCCAUCGUCGUGCCAGCCCGGGGAGCCGUCGACAUCGUCCGCAAGCCGCUCAUCAUCGAGCCCGAAGGCUCGGAGGUCGAGUUGUCGCACAGCUCCUUGAUCUGUCCCGCAGGGAAGCAGCUCAGCGAGAAGAUCCACCUCCAGGUGCCCGAGGACGUGGUGGAAGGGUCGGUCAGAGCCUACGUCACUGUGCUGGGUGAUCUGAUGGGGAGUGCGAUGGAGAACCUGGACCACCUUCUCAGGCUGCCCACGGGCUGCGGAGAGCAGAACAUGGUGAAGUUUGCCCCCAACAUCUACGUGCUGAGUUACCUCCAGAAGACGCACCAGCUCACGC